UCUUGGUAUCCUUUCUUACCUUCUAUCAUCUAUCCUUCCCUUACUGAGUAUGCCUUCCACCGCUGAGUUAUACUCAUGUGGAAUCUAUUAAGAACCGCUUAGCUGCCUUACACCAAAGCACAUUAACUACCAAAAUUCAGCAAAAAUAUAUAUUAAGCACCAGUUGCGCGCCCUAAUUUUGCCCGGGUUGACUUUUUGUUUCAACAUUUUUGAAUAUUCUUAUAUAAAAUUGAAGAUCAUUUGUCCAAUUUAUUAGAUCGUCAGAGCUGGAUGAAAUAUAAUAAGAAUUAAAUAAAUUUUUGUGUUUUUUUUAUAAAAAUUCUAUACGAUGUAGUUAAUGAGUUUUAACGAGGUACUCCCUUUCCCCACUGAUAUGAACAUAACAACUUUAUGGCCAAAUCAGUGAUGAUGCUUCAUGGUCCUAACCAAAUUUUCAUUUACAGAAGUGAAAUAAUAAUAUUUAACAAAAUAUAUUUUUGAUGUAAAUUAUCAUUCCGUCGAAGUACAAAAUAUAUAUACAGUGUUAAAAAUAUAAAUUAGAAAUAAAACAGUGUAAAAAAACAAAACAAUAUGUGCUGAAACUUAAGUGUUACAAUGAUCUCUAUAAAAACUGUGUGUGGCACAGGACUGUUUUGUGUGAAAAGUGUUAAGUGUAAAAAGAUAUGGGAUGACUCAUAGUGAAAGAUGUUAUAUCCAGCCCACUUUUCGAUCACAAGAUGAUGCACGAAAUUCACGACAAUGCUGGGGCAGGCGCAAGCGGCGCGAUGGAGGGAAGCGAGGGCGGAGGGAGUGGGGGUGCCGUGGUCGAUAUGGACGAGUGCGGCUCCCUCUCACUGCCUCCCGACCUUCCCCCUUAUUCAGGCGACUAUAUUAUCAGUGAUUAUAUGGAGAGGCUCGGCACUCGUCUGAACAUCCUUGAGACAGAGCUUAAAUACGCAUGGAGAGCUUUAGAUCUUCUGAGUCAAGAAUACGUUAGAAUGUGGGAUCGAUUGGAGAGAUUAGAGUCAUUACUUGCUGAUCAACAGGGUGUAAUAUCUACUCUUCUAGACUUUUAUACAUGCCGCACUGUAACAUCUAGAGAUCCUAUGACCAGACUUGAGGUUAUUAGAGAGAUACUCGGAAAUGGGACGAUAGAAGAUGGUAUCGAAGAAGGUUUGGAUAUAGGCCGAAGUGCUAUGCUUUUAGAUUCACAAGAGGAAGCCAUGGAAUCGAAUGAAGCGUUUUAUAGAAGUUUAAAUCAAGCAUAUAGAGAUGAUUACGUUUGUGAUGAAACUUCCAGACCUCCUUCUCAACUGGACAUGAUUUGGGAAGCACCCGAAGAGACAGAAAUAGAAACAGUACCAAAUGUUUCCGGACAAAUGUAUAGUGCAACCGAUUACAAAGAUUACUGUGGCAUACAAGGAGGGCCCAGUAUAAGUGACAGAGAUUUAGUUCAUAUAUCUACAUUAAGUACAAUAGAUCAAAUAACAGUAGAUAAAUUGCAUGAAUUAGAUAGGUUGACAACUCAAUUACACAAAGAUUCGAGAGAGUUAAAAGACUUAAAAUCUAGAAUUAUUAGCCCAGAAAUAAAAAUAACAGCUAAACACGAGAGAGACAUUGAAGCAAAGGCGCUCGUUGAAGAUGGUAAUAUAAUUAAUGAGCAAUUAAAAAGUGUUUAUUCUGGUGGGGAAAACUGGGCUAUUAAUGAUAUGAUGAAGAGUUUUGACGAUUUUAUGUUAACAACACCAAAAGAAAAUAUCGUAAAAGACAAAUCUCCAUCUAGAUUGUCAUUGACUGAGAGUACAGCAGUUGACAGAACUUUAGAUUAUUUACCUCCAACUCUUUCACCCAGACGGAAAUUUGUACCAGAAAGAACAACAACUGAACCUUAUACGACUGUAACUGGACGUUUAGCAUAUAGCUCAGCAGUAGCAAAUGCCGAGAUUAAUGCUGCUAAAGCAUCGAAGUCUCCAAGCGCACUUUCGAGAGAUCGGUUUGAGUAUGGAUCCGAUUAUACAGUGAGUGAUCUUGCUAGAUCGAAUUACUACCCAUCUAAAGCUCAACAAACACUCAGUGAUACGUAUAAAUCGAUGAAAGACCAACCUCAUUCACCGAUUUCUAUUCAUGAAAUAUAUGAUGGUAGCGCAGAUGACAGAAUCGAUGUUUCAUAUGAUGAUAGAAUACGUAAAUCACCUAGCCCACCACCACCAGCUCCACCCAAUGGGACAGAAAUAUUCUCAACACUUGAAAAUAAUAACGAGUUACUAACAAAACAUCAAACAUUACUUUCUACAGGUAUUAGUACAAUUCAAACAGAAAGUAUGAGAUUAAGUCCUCGCUCACCAAAAUCCCCAAAAACAUCUCCUAAGCAUUUAAAAAGAGAGAGCGCAAAUAUAGUGACUGCUAAGUCUGAUUCUGGUUUAUCAUCCAUGAGUGGUUGGUCUAGUUUAGAAAAGAGUCCUGGGUCACCGAAAACAGGAAGAAUUUCUCAUAGUCAUGAUGGCCAUAAAAUAAGAGUUCCAUCUCCACAAUCAGUGCAAAAAAGUUAUGAUGGUUCAAAGCCAUAUUUAGAAACUUUAGUAGAUUCAUAUGUAUAUGAAGAUAAACACUUAAAAAAAGAAUAUAUAUCUCAUAAAUCAGAACAUUUUAAAGAAUUGCAAAACAUGUUAGAGUUGAGUAAAUUACAGGAAAAAGUUGGCAGUGGCUUUAUGAAAAGUGAUGACCAUUUUCCGAUGCCAAGUCAAACUACACCGGGAAAUGUAGGAGAGUAUUAUUACGGUAAUGACGCACCUUCUAUUUACUCAGUAGCAGGAAACAGACAACCAAUUUUUACAACUGUGUAUAGUACACCUAGAGGAAUGCUUUCAGAAGAUAGAAAUUUUUCCGAGCUAAUAGAUAGGAACGAAAUUUUAGAAACUGAAUCAAAGCAAACAAUAGAUCCUUACCCUCCUGAACCUAGUUAUCAUGCACAAACAGUUGUGAUGUCUGGAAGUAAUGUUAAUAAAAAAGCAUUGACACGAGCAAAUACAAUGUCCGGAUCAGAUUCAAAUUUUUAUCAAAAUGGCUAUAAAGUGACAAACCACCGCGCCGGAUAUCCUCCGGGAAAUUUAACGGAUGCGCUAUCAUACUAUCCAACAUCUAGUAGAUAUGAUUCACCGAAAAGAACACCAUUAGAAGAGCGUAUAUCAUGGCAAGGAGGAAGUCGUUCCCCAACAAGCUCUGUGGAAACAUCUAGCCUUAAAUCUCAUUCGCUUAGUAUAGCAGAAAGGAAACAAUUUCAAAAUCAACUUCAACAAGAAUAUUUUAAGCAACAACAAUAUGACCAACGUAAUGGAAAUGUCGUUUGUGAAGUACAAAAUUACGAUAAACAAAUUGCGGAGCAUAGUAAAAUAAGGUCUGAUCAAUAUAUGGAUUCGAGUGGCAUACUUGUUUCUGAGUCUGGCUAUUUGUCGAUUUCAUCCAAUUUAAAACUUAAAUCACAAGACAAACAAAGUAAAAAGCCAAAAAGAACUUCAUCAUUAAAAUCAGCUAUGUCGUCAAUGAGUCACUGGUUACCAGAUUUACAUUUACCUAAAAAGCAUCGCUCACAUUCCUUACCUUCUGGAGUUGACGCGGUAGAACAACAACAGCAACAAGAAAAAACUUUAAAAGAAAGGCUAUUAUCUGCGCAACGCCGAAAGAAAAAAUAUCAGUUAGUUGCCUCAAUGUCAGGUCUUCUUCAAAAAGCGAGAAGAAAACAUCAAACUAGUCAUCAAUCAUUAUCGGAUCCAGAAACAUCAGAAACGGAGUGGUCUGGAGGGCGAUCUAGUGCUCAAUCAGAAGAUAGUGACAGCGUAUUUUCUGACUCUAUACACGAAAGUAACAUGUUCACAAAAGUUCCGACAAAAUUAAAACAACGUAAAGUUAAUAAUCAAGAAAUUGUACACCAACAACAGUUAAUACAAGAUCUACAACAUCAACAAGCAAUGCUCGAAGGUAACGGUCAAGAAUGUAUAUUAGAAGAAAACGAAAGGUUUCCAUCUAGUAAUGGUAUACCCCGUGACAAAAGUGAUGACAUUGAUUUUCAUUUUGCUCGUGUUAGUCAAAUGAAUAAAGACAACAUAACGGAAUUAGAAAAGCUUGAUAUCGACACCGAUAUAUCAAACGUAGACCCAUUUGAAGACGAAAAAGAAGAUACUCAAUCUCCAACAGCAAUUUUUGCAACAGUUGGAGAUAUGAAAAAGGCAUCGAUAGCUUCAGAUGAAUCUCAAAGUGAAAAUAAUAAAUCUUAUAGCGGAAGUUCUCAAGAAUUCGCCGUGUCGCGAGCUUUAGGUAAAUAUCGACUUCGUAAAUCAUCCUCUGUGACUGACGAUUCAUCAGACACAUCACCACCAAAAAUCGAAACAAGUACGCCUAAUGAAAUAAUAAAUGAACCAAUGAAACAAAAUGAGAGGAGACAAAAUAGAUCAAGUCCACCUGAAACCGCAAAGAGUACAGGUAUUACAGUAUCAGAAGAUCAUCACACAUAUCCUGAUCGUAGUCCCUCCAUGCAGAGUACUAGAGGAGUGCAAAAUAAAUUCCAACCUAGACAUCAGCAAAGUCUUGAUAUUCCUAAUAAGCACGAUGAUGAUGAUAGUCGAAGCACACACUCUUGGAGAAGUGGAUCCAGAGUUUCUUCACGGAGGCAGAGUACUGAAGACAGUAUUGAUUCUGAAGAUGAAUGGUACCGGUAUGAAUUGCGUAAACUGGAAGAAAUGGAGAAUCAAUCACAACAAGAGCUAGAAAAAGAGAAUUUGCUAUUAGAGGAGCCAGUCAUAGAAGAGGAACCAGAGGAAGUUUUGAAAGAAAAGAUGUCCUAUGUACUGCGGGAAUUAAAAUUGAAAACCGCACCUAUUAAAGUUAAAUAUGAUGAAGCACCAACAGAAGAAUCGUGGAAGCAUAUAACAACUUUUCCAGACAUGGAUGAAAAAAUUGAAGAAACCAUGUCGCACAAAGAAUCUGAUGAUGAUAAAUCUUACGCUUCGUCUGGGUCUGGAGAAACUUCUGGACCUGACAGUCCCGUACAGAGUGGUGAUGAAUUUGACGAUGAAGAAGAGAUGCCUCGAGUACACCAAGAACUUUUACCAGCAGAACCUCAACAGCAGCAAGACGUUCCAGCUGGUAGUAAAUGGAAACUUUUAAAAGCUCUCAAGGACAGGAAAGCAGAAGAAAAAACAACGGAAACACCAGCUGCUACCACGCCGUCAACUGAAAAGGACAAAGUUAGCGCAGGUAAUGGCACCAGCGGAUUCAACGAACAAGGUGGACGUGGAAAUGGGCAUCCAGGGGAUAAUCCAUUCUACAGCAAUAUCGACAGUAUGCCUGACAUCCGACCAAGGCGAAAGUCCAUCCCGCUUGUUUCAGAACUUGUUCUCAAGACCAUGGCCGCCACUAAAAGGAAUGCCGGUUUGACAUCAGCAGUUCAUCGAGCGACGUUAAACGACGAAGAGUUGAAAAUGCAUGUGUAUAAGAAGACGCUACAAGCGCUCAUCUAUCCCAUUUCAUCGACAACACCUCACAACUUCGUACUCUGGACCGCCACGUCACCAACGUAUUGCUAUGAAUGCGAGGGAUUGCUCUGGGGAAUCGCAAGGCAGGGUGUCAGGUGUACAGAAUGUGGUGUCAAGUGUCACGAAAAGUGUAAAGACCUACUCAACGCUGACUGCUUACAGAGAGCGGCUGAAAAGUCUUCAAAACACGGCGCAGAGGACAAGGCCAACUCUAUCAUCACUGCCAUGAAAGAAAGAAUGAAACAGCGCGAACGGGACAAGCCAGAAAUAUUCGAGCUCAUAAGACGCGUGUUCAGCAUCGAAACAGAGGGACAUUCGGCGCACAUGAGUACAGUGAAGCAAUCCGUCCUCGAUGGCACGUCGAAAUGGAGCGCCAAGAUCGCCAUCACAGUUAUUUGUGCCCAAGGUUUGAUCGCUAAGGACAAGAGUGGAACCUCAGAUCCUUACGUCACCGUUCAAGUCAGCAAAGUGAAGAAAAGGACAAGAACAAUGCCUCAAGAAUUGAAUCCUGUUUGGAAUGAAAAGUUCUAUUUUGAAUGUCACAAUUCUUCAGACCGAAUCAAAGUCCGCGUUUGGGAUGAGGAUAACGACCUGAAAUCAAAACUUCGUCAGAAAUUAACGAGGGAAUCCGAUGACUUUCUUGGCCAAACAAUUAUCGAGGUUCGAACAUUAUCAGGAGAGAUGGACGUGUGGUACAAUCUGGAGAAGAGGACAGAUAAAUCGGCUGUCUCUGGAGCCAUCAGGCUUCAUAUCAACGUAGAAAUCAAGGGCGAAGAGAAGGUUGCGCCUUACCAUGUUCAGUACACAUGCCUCCACGAAAACCUAUUCCACUAUCUCUGUGAAGAAAACGGUGGUGCUGUCACAUUACCAGCUGCUAGAGGUGACGAUGCUUGGAAAAUCUACUUCAACGAGAACCCUGAAGAAAUUGUUGACGAAUUCGCGAUGAGAUACGGCAUUGAAGCUAUUUACCAAGCUAUGACACACUUCCACUGUCUAUCUACGAAGUAUUUAUGCGCCGGAGUGCCAGCUGUUAUGUCAACUCUAUUAGCUAACAUCAACGCGUACUAUGCGCAUACUACGGCUUCGUCUGCUGUGUCUGCGUCUGAUCGCUUCGCAGCUUCAAACUUUGGCAAAGAAAAGUUCGUGAAACUACUCGACCAACUUCACAACUCGCUCCGGAUCGACCUUUCAAUGUACAGAAAUAAUUUCCCGGCUUCGAGUGCAGAGAAACUUAUGGAUCUCAAGUCCACCGUCGACCUUCUUACGAGUAUCACAUUCUUUAGGAUGAAGGUACAAGAACUUAGCAGUCCGCCUCGAGCCAGCACCGUCGUGAAAGACUGUGUAAAGGCGUGCCUGAGAUCAACAUAUCAAUUUCUUUUCGAAAACUGUUACGAACUUUACAAUAGAGAAUUCCAGGUAGACCCCAACGAAGCCAAGAGAGACCCAUCCGACCACGGACCUCAGUUGGAUUCAGUUGAUUUCUGGCAUAAGCUAAUUGCUCUUAUAGUAUCUGUGAUAGAAGAAGAUAGAAAUAGUUAUGCACCUGUUUUGAAUCAGUUCCCACAAGAAUUGAAUAUUGGUCAGCUCUCAGCAGCUACAAUGUGGUCGCUUUUCGCAGUGGACAUGAAGUAUGCUUUGGAAGAACACGAACAGCAUAGACUUUGCAAGUCGUCCGCAUACAUGAAUUUGCAUUUCAAGGUAAAAUGGCUACACACAAACUACGUGAAAGACGUGCCACCAUACUGCGGCGCUGUUCCGGAGUACCCCGCGUGGUUCGAACCGUUUGUGAUGCAGUGGCUGAACGAGAAUGAUGAUGUAUCUCUUGAAUAUCUGAAUGGAGCCUUCAAUCGGGAUAAACGUGAUGGGUUCCAAAAGUCCAGCGAACACGCGCUAUUCAGCAACUCGGUAGUGGACGUGUUCACCCAGCUGACCCAGUGCUUCGACGUGGUCUCCAAGUUGGAGUGCCCCGACCCCGAGAUAUGGAAGCGGUACAUGAAGCGGUUCGCGAAGACCAUCGUCAAGGUGCUGGUCGCGUACGCGGAUAUAGUUAAGAAGGAGUUCCCUGAACAUCUGAAGGAGGAGAGAGUGGCGUGCAUCCUAAUGAACAACAUCCAGCAACUGCGCGUGCAGCUGGAGAAGAUGUUCGAGGCGAUGGGCGGCAACAAGCUGGAGCGCGACGCGGCCGACAUCCUCAACGACCUGCAGCAGAGCCUCAACAGCACGCUCGAUGAGCUCGCCUCUAUGUUCGCUAAUAGCCUCGAAACCCGCAUAACGGCGAGCGUGAAGGAGCUGGGCGAGCUGCUGCAGAAGGUGGGCGGCGGCGCCGCGCCCGGCCAGCCGCAGCCGCCCGCGCACCACGAGGCGGACGAAGUGCUCAGACCGCUCAUGGACAUAUUGGACGGUUCGUUAACCAUGUAUGCAGAAUCGUGUGAAAAGACGGUACUCAAGCGGUUGCUGAAGGAAUUAUGGAAGAUUGUAAUGAAGAUUCUAGAAAAAACUGUCGUCCUUCCACCGAUGACAGACAAAACGAUGAUGUUGAAGAAUCUGACGAACAACGCCAAGAACUUGGCAGCGAACGCUAAGAUCGAAGACAUGACGCAACUGUUCAAGAGUACAGUUGGCAAGCAGGAUGUGAAGCAUGCGCUGUCCGGAGUUAUGGAUAUAUCGAAAGAGCACCUGUCAGCGGAGAAGAGCCUGACGCCGAAGCAGUGCGCGGUGCUGGACGCGGCGCUGGACACGAUCAAGCAGUACUUCCACGCGGGCGGCAACGGCCUCAAGAAGACCUUCCUGGAGAAGAGCCCCGAGCUGCAGUCGCUGCGCUACGCGCUCAGCCUCUACACACAGACCACCGACACGCUCAUACGGACCUUCGUUACCAGCCAGCAGAAUCAGGAUGCUGCAGUGGCGGAAGAGGGAAGUGUGGGAGAAAUCUCGCUGCAAGUGGACCUGUUCACUCACCCCGGCACCGGCGAACACAAGAUUACUGUGAAAGUUGUGGCAGCAAACGACCUGAAGUGGGUGAUAGCGAGCGGCAUGUUCCGGCCGUUCAUAGAAGUGAACCUGAUCGGGCCGCACCUCGCCGACAAGAAGAGGAAAUUCGCGACCAAGUCCAAGAGCAACAAUUGGAGUCCCAAGUUCAAUGAGACCUUCCAUUUCAUGGUGAGCGCCACGGAGCAGCUGGAGCUGUUCGAGCUGCACGUGUGCGUGCGCGACUACUGCUUCGCGCGCGAGGACCGGCUCGUGGGCGUCGCCGUCAUGCGCCUCGCCGACAUCGCGGAGCAGAAAAACGAAAAUAUAAACCGAUUGGUAACACGCAUGCCGGAUCAGUGUCGGCAAAACCAAAUGACUGACUCUGGUUCCUGCGCGUGCUGGCUCCCACUCGGGACGAGGGUAAAAAUGGACGAAACGGGUUGGACGAUAUUGAGGAUCCUAUCGCAGAGGCACAGCGACGAAGUGGCUCGCGAAUUCGUCAAACUGAAGUCCGAAAUGAGAGCAGAAGCACCAUCGGGAAGUCAAGGCCCCUCGUGAACUUUGUAAGAUGUGAUCUAGUGUUUAAACAAUCCAUUCGGAUCAGAUCUUCCAAAUUGCGACUGGAAAUACCGGUUGUGAUAAGUUAACAAUAGUACUAAAUACGUACGUUUAAACGUGGUUUAAUUAAUGGACGAUAACGAAAACACUCGAGAUCUAAAGCGGAAUCCGGCGCACCGGCGGUUCCCGGUCAGUGCUCAUAGUUUCGUUCGACGCCAUUACAUUCUCGAGGUGGUAUUUUGUAAAUAAAUUUACGGUGUUUAGUUGUCGCGACUAGUAGAAAUAUUUUGCACAAACUCGUAAAUGUUAGCGAAAAAGACUGACCGUAGGCGGCCGGGCGCUUCGUCCAUCGGUUUUUAGGGAUCCAGUGAAAAACUCCAUCGGACAUUUGUUGCUAUAGAGAAUAACAUCUGUGGAACAUUUUAAACGCAGUUAUUCGUGUAGAUAUUUAACCGUUUCUUCGAAUAAAUCAUUCAAGUUAACGUAAUGUUGUAAUCCAAGUAAAAUUAACGUACGAGUUUCAUGGACGUUAUUUGACAAUUUUGCUGGAUACCUAAAUAUUCGGAUGGACACACUCGAUUUAUCUACUAAUCUGUUUAUGGACCAAACUGUCGUUAAUACAAACGCAUUACCUUAUCCUUAAAACGUAAUAUUAAAUCAAACAUUAUUUAUCUAAUUAAUCAUCUAAUCGUUAUACGUGUACAGUUAAUAUGAUAUGGCCUUAUCAUGUACAUUAUUCCCUUUGUUGAGUUAAAGCUUUCGGUGCGAAAAUGUAUGAGUGGACAAAUAUAAUGUGGGGAUGCGAGUUCGGAUGCGAAUGUAAAAAUUUCGAUAUAGACGUUCUUUUAGAUGAAUGUUCUGGAAUGUUUUAAUAGAGGUUAUUAUUUGUUGAACGUCUUCAUCUUUUAUAACCUUCGUCCUGUUUAAAUUCGCAUUGUAACGUGAUCAAGUUGUGUGUAAAUAGAAAAUUAAAAAAAUGUUAUCGCGUAUUCACAUAUUUGCUAUUACUUUACGCUUAUCCUGUUUAACGAUGUUAUCUAAAAUAUUCCCUACGUCCUUUUGUAUAUUAUUGAAAAUUGUGAUAUUGUUAUGAGAUAUCUAAAGUAACCGUCGUGGUUAUUUACCUAUAAACCUGUUUCAUAGUUCGUGAGUGUUUACUGUUAUAUUUCGCUUCUAAUUCAUUUGUCCGGUCAGGGCAUCGAUUAGUUUACCCAUAAUAUAUUAUAGUAUAAAAUGUUUAAAAAAUAUUUAAUGUAAUAUUUACUAUUAGACAUUCAGUGCUCAAAUUAAUUUUUGUUAAUAAAUAUUAGUACGAUUAUUGUGAGUUAUUGAAUCACUGUCCAGUUAGAUUGGUUACUAAGGAACACGGUGUUUGGUCUUAUCACAUACAUAAACGCAUAUAUUUUCAAAAUCGCAUUACUAAUAUACCUCAAGUUGUAUACGAUUUUUAUUUUUCUAACUAGCGAUGUUUAAGUCAUUCAGAUUUCGAAGUUUUACGAUUGCUGUGUAGAUAUUUUAAUCAUGAUUCCCAGCAAAAUUUCAUAUAUAUUUAUUUUGUCGACUACGCAAUUCUUGGUACAUUCCACACGACAUGGCUAAAUAUAACACGUGAACCAAACAAAUUUUAGUUUAAUUUCCCGGAUGCAUAAAAGUGAAACGUCAUUAGAAGGAGAAUUAUUUUCGUUGAACUCAAAUGAUACAGUACAGACAUAACUAGUGUGUGAGUUAUAACUUCAAAGCGUUAAACUAUGCAAUUAGUUUUGAUUGAUGGUUAUGAGGGUGCAUAAUUGGAUAAUAUAAUAUAUUAUUCCCUUCUUAAAACCUAUGUAAUGCAAAUCUUAAUAACGUGUCACUAUGAGACUUUUUAAACUCGACAAUAAAGUGUUUAUAAUCAGCUUCUUUGUUUAUACCACGAAUUAUUGGUGUACAACAUUCCAUUCUAUAUAUUUUGUAUAUAUUUUAUUACAUAUACUUUAUUGGAGGCGGUACUGAAAAUAUAUGUGAGAAGCACAUCACUUAUCCGACACGGAAAUUAGAUUUUCAAAUAAUUAUAGUGUUUAUCAUGGAUUACAUAUCUGUAGAUAGAGAAUGUGGUUUGUCUAGUCCAAAUCUCGAUUAUAUUUAAAAUAUAUUUACGUAUCUUAAAUUACUAUUUAAUCUUUUUUAUUGAUAUUGAUUUGUAUCUGUCGGCAGACGAUCGUAUAAUUAGAUUUUAUACCUGAGUUACUUUGACAAAUUUUAUUAAAAAUUAGGAAAUUAAAAAAACAACCAUCUCAUUAGUAACGUAAAUAUUACUUUUUAAUAAAUUUCUUACCGUUUUUAUCGAUUUAAUUAUACGAUAUGAACUGCUGAAUCUCCAAUUUGACUGAAUUUGUUCUAGAAAUGUAAUAGAGUGGAUUAUAAUUUCAAUAUUUUAUUAUUCGUUUUCUCUAAGCACACUUCUAUAAUAGUAGAUUUUAUGUUCUGUUAAUCUCUUAAAGAUAAUAAUUAAUGCAAGAGAAUCUUCCGUGUGCUAUAAAUAUUGUUGUUUAGUAAAAUUACAUAUAGUAAUCAAUGAGUGGUUAGAAUUGCUGUCAGGUAGAUUAUUUAAUCGAUUUUUUAUCCUUGUUCUUUUAGUUAUUUAAAAUAACAGAAUUGGCGCCGUAAAUAUGUUUUUGUUUUUGGAAAAUGUACAUUUUAAUCGUAACGGUCAAAUAAAUAAAAUGAAAAUAUAUUUUUACACAAUACAACGGUUGAUUUUUGUUCUCAUAAUGUAUAUUGUAUACUGAACGCAGGUUCAUUCGUCCAUCACAGUGGGUAAGUAAAAAGGAGCUGGUUUUGUAGGAACUACUCGUAUAGUAUGAAAACUUAAAUGUUGUAUGCAUUCAUAUUUUUAUAGUUUAUUUAUUUAUCUAUAAUUUAAAUUUAUUUUCAUAGUUUUAUUUAAUUCAAAUGCGCACAGUAUUCAUGGAUUGUCAUUAUAUACGUCGCUAAUACCUUUACCAAUUGACAAUACCUGGUAAAUAUUAUUUUUAAGAGUAAAAUGUGAUGUCCCAUGCAUCAGCAUCAUUGUAAGUCGGUUACGCUCCAAUUCUAGUAUUAAAUAUCACUUAACAUUGCAUAUAUCUUUGUAUAAACGCAUAUAUGUAAAUGUUACAUGUUUAAACACAUUAUUGAAUUUAGAAUUUUUAUGAAAAAAAAAAUAAA